AUUAUUGUUAUUCCAAUCAAAGGAAAUAAAAACGUCCGCCUAUCAGGGACGAAAAGUAUAAAAAUGGGGAAAAUCAAAAUUAAUGCGAAGCAGUUGCCUAUCAAGGCGCACUUCUUUUUCUUCAUGGCAGCUAUGGGUCCGAUUUUACCUUUUAUAACGGUAUACGGAAGACAGCUCGGUGUCGCGCCGAAGAUAAUGGGAACUUUUACUUCCAUAUUGCCAAUUCUGUUUCUCAUAGCAAAACCAGCCUUUGGUUUCCUGGUCGAUUAUUUCCGUAACGUGAGAAAAUUUAUAUUCAUGGGUCUUCUUAUAACCACAUCACUCGCAUUCGUCUCGAUGUAUUUUCUACCAGACAUCGAUGUCUUCCCGUUGGAUAAUCAGGAAGAAAAUAUGAACAUGACGUUGCACUGCGACGAGUUCAUCAGCUGUGAAUCCCGUAACAUCAGUAAAAAUAUUGACGAUUGUCAGAGUGGAAAAAAAUCGGCCGAUUGUUACUGGUCCUGCAAUGAAAAUACAAAUAAUUAUUCAGCGUCUGUGGUAUUUAUAAAAAGGGAGAGGAACUUUUCUCUCUCAUCUUUUUGCUUCGUUGAACCAAUCAACGAGACUUUUGACUGUGAUGAAAAAAAAAAUGAACGCGUGUGCCAAUUUUCGUGCACUUCAAAAAACGAAAAACAAUGCCUUUACGGAUCCCUUGCUUUUUGGGGUUUCAUUAUACUUAUUUCCAUCGGAUGUAUUGGUUUCAACGUCUCCAAUUCGAUCAGCGAUGCCAUAUGUUUCGAUGUCCUUGGUGAAGGUGGCCAAAUGAGCUACGGUCGCCAAAGAGUAUUUGGAACAAUCGGAUUUGGUGUCACAGCACUGCUGGCUGGUUACGCUGUGGAUUUAUGGUCUGAAGGUCAAACAAUAAAAACCUAUACACCAGCAUUCAUACUUGUUUUCACUUUUACCUGUUUCGAUAUAUUAUGCUGCACAAAGCUUGAGUUGCCAAUUAUCGCAGGCUCAACAAGCAUAGCCAAAGACGUUUACAAGCUGGUGAAAUUGAAGCCAGUAGCCAUUUUUUUAUGUUUUGCUACCCUGGCAGGAGUUUUCGAUGGCUUCAUCAUUUAUUUUUUACUUUGGUAUAUCGAAGAUCUUGCGACAAUAACAGGACACAUGGGACAGAUCAAAUUAAUCGAGGGUUUGAUAGUUGCUGCAGAAACCUUGGGUGGCGAAGUUGUAUUUUUUUCUUUAUCUGGUAAAAUAUUGAAGAAAUUUGGCUAUGGUUACAGCUUUGUUUUUUGUUUCCUCUGUUAUGCUCUUCGAUUGGGUCUUGUUUCAAUCGCACCCAACCCUUGGUGGGUUAUAUUGAUUGAGUUUUUUAUGCAAGGGCCAACUUAUGCUAUGUGUUAUACAACAAUUGUAGCAUUUGCAAGUACUGUUGCACCUCCUGGUACCUCCGCAACUGUACAAGGAAUUGUUGCUGGGAUGGAUGAUGGUUUUGGUUUUGCACUGGGCAGUUUAGCUGGUGGAUUCAUGUAUGAAUGGUUCGGGGGUACUACAACAUUUAGAAUUUUUUCAACCCUUUCGGCUAUCACCGCAGUAGUUUAUUUUUUGCUGCACAUAAUGUACUUGAAACACGCGAUGCCUCAAACUAAAAUAUCGUCCGACAAAAAUCGUUCGCCGAACGUACGUUGGAAAAAUCCCGAAGAAGCGAUGAAAGAUACACACAUUGCGGAUGAGACAUAAUAACAAAAUUUUCGUACCAUCGAAAUAAUAUAAGUACAGAUAUAUUAAUUGUAAAUACGUUGAACAAAAAUAUAUUUUGUAUCAAAGAUUUUAUAACAAAACAAAA